AUUCUUGAUCAAAAUUUAAUUAGACAGAAAAAGGAGGUGAGCGAGCCUGCCUUUUCUUUCCUGUUUGCGGAAGUUGUACAAUAUUGCCAAUCAAGAGUAAAUGAUGUAAAUGAAUUGCAUGAAAAAUUAUUACAAUUAGGAAUGCCGAUCGGACAAAGAUUACUUGAAUUAUGUGUUUUGAGAGAUAAAAAUUCAAAGAGAGAAAUUAAAGUACCAAACAUGUUGGGAUUUAUUGGAAAUACAAUGUGGAAAUGUCUUUUUGGAAGAAUUGUUACAACAAUUGAAAAAGCUGCUGCUAUUCCAGGAGAAAAUAAGAUUAUUACAAGAUGUAGGUACAUGAUCUAUGAGAAGGAACCAUUAGAAACUAAAUUCAUUUCUCCACCAAGAGAUAUGAAUGUGCAAUGUGCCUAUUUCAGUGCAGGUAUCAUUAAAGGGGCUUUGAAUGCAGCUGAUUUU